GGUCAUGAGGGUGUUCUGUGGUUGUGGUCGAAUGUAGUUAAUUUGUGGUUAUGAAAUGGAAAAAUGAAAAUAGACUUAUUACAAUUGGCAGAAAUUGUGAGUUUUAGAUUUGUGAAAUGAAUUAUUUAACUAGAAUAACACGUACUUUCAGAAUAAGUGGCACUAGUUCAAAUAUUUUACGUUAUUUAACAAGUCAGAACGUUGCAAAUACUCCUUUACCACGAGUAUUAUUAACACAGUCUCCAUUUAUAAAGAACCCGUGGAUUUGGCAACAAAAUGAUGGUAUUAAAUUUCCUAUUAUACAUAAAAACAAAAUUGAAUUACCAAAUGGUGUUUUGUGGAUACCAACAUCAAUAGAAUCACCAGUCCUUGAAAAAACUAUUGAGGCCCCAUCUAAAGAAAAUAGUAAUGUAACAAAAGAAGCUGCAAGAUUAAUAGUCAUAAGGAGAAAGAAAAUGAAGAAACAUAAGUUAAAAAAGCUACGAAAACGGAUGAAAUUUGAAUGGGCAAAGUUGAGGCAACGAAGAGAAUUAAAAAAAGAAAAAGAUUUUCAAGCAAUCUUAAUCCAGCAAUGUAAAGAAGGUGAAGCUUUUUCAGCAGAACAAUAUGUUCAAGAACGAAUCGACAAAUUGAAUGAAAUUAUAAUACCGAGAUAUUGGAAAGGAAAGAGGUUACCGGAGUUUCUUGUGAGAGAAAAAAUGGGCCUACCUCCAAAAAAGUAAAUUAUUGUUAGUAAGUUUUAUAAAUCCAAAUGAUAAUAAAUUAUGAACCAAG